GAAAGCUUGAAAUAAAAAAACAUCGCAAGUUCUCUAAAAGUAAACAACAUCGCCUGAUAACAGUUCAUGUGAUGAUAAGAACCGAAACUUUACGAAAACUUCAAUACAGUAAUCUUUUCAGUCGUGAUGUGGAGCAUUAUUAAUAAAGUGUUUUGCAAAGUUUCGUGGAGUUGAAUUCGAGUAGUCAAGCUAAAUAAAUAAAUAUCAAAUUAUUUCGUUUCUGCUGACACAUCAGUCUCCUUAAUCCAGUCAUCAAAGUUUGAUAAGGCACAUAAUGUCAAUGAAUAUUUUAAUCACGGGUGGAGCCGGUUUUAUCGGAAGUCACACAGUUUUAGAACUUUUGAAAGUUGGACACACUGUGAUUUGUAUUGAUAACGGAUGCAAUUCAUACUUGGAUGCCAAGGCUGAGUUUCCCGAAUCAAUUAAGAGAGUUCACGAAUUAACUGGAAAAAAAGUAAUUUUCUAUUCUGUUGACAUUCGCGAUAAAAAUGCAUUAAAUCAAGUUUUCAAAAAGCAUAAGAUUGACUGUGUUGCUCAUUUUGCCGCUCUUAAAGCUGUUGGUGAAUCAUGCCGUUUACCAUUACAAUACUAUCAAAACAAUAUAACCGGAACAUCAGUUUUGUUAGAAGUGAUGUCUGAUAAUGGAGUUUUCAAUUUCGUGUAUAGUUCAUCAGCAACAGUCUACGGUGAACCACAAUUCUUGCCUUUGACUGAAGAUCAUCCCACCGGAAAUUGCACAAAUCCUUAUGGCAAAAGCAAAUACUUCACUGAAGAGAUUUUGAAAGAUCUGUGCGCAUCUGAUAAGCGUUGGAAUGUUAUUUCCUUACGUUACUUUAAUCCAGUGGGUUCUCAUGAAAGUGGACAAAUUGGGGAAGAUCCCAAUGGUGAACCUAACAAUCUCAUGCCUUACAUAUCACAAGUUGCUGUAGGAAAGUUGAAGGUUUUGAAAGUUUUUGGAAACGAUUAUCCAACACAUGAUGGAACUGGUGUUCGUGAUUACAUUCACAUAGUUGACUUAGCUGAAGGUCAUUUAGCGGCUUUGGACAAGUUAAAAUCGGGAGAUGUUUCAGGAUUUGUUGUCUACAAUCUUGGAACUGGAUGUGGUUACUCAGUCCUUGAUAUGGUUAAGAAUUUCAGUAAAUCAUGCGGACAUGACAUUCCUUAUGAAAUUGCGCCAAGACGUCCUGGUGACAUUGCAUCUUGUUAUGCAAGUACGGAAAAAGCUGAGAAGGAAUUGGGAUGGAAAGCAAAGAAAGGUUUGAAGGAGAUGUGCGAUGAUGCUUGGCGUUGGCAGAAAAAUAAUCCUAAUGGAUUUUCAGGAUUGCAAUCAGAUCUCUAGUCGAUGAUAAAAUAAAUACCAAAAUAAUUGAAUAAUGAGGCGUUUAAUGUUACCAAACAUUAAUUCAAGAUUAUUUUUAACUGAAAAUUAAAUACUUGCAUUCAUUUGUGUCAUUUGUAAUCGAAACCAAAAGCGAUUUAUUUAUAUUUUUUGUCUUUCUUGUCAUUGUCUUUGCUGUUUUAUAUCAGAAAAGAAUUUUUUCUUUGAUGAUUUUUCUCAAAAUGAAGAAUAUAUUUUUUAGCCUCUUUUAUGUUCCUAUUAUGUAAAAAGAAAGAAGAUUUGUAACAUGUAGUCAUUUGACGAAUAAAAAUCCAAAGAGAUGAAUUAAUUUCCAAUGAAAUAAA